GAACACCCUACCAGCCCGCCCUCCGCGGAAGGGAGGAAAGGAUUAUGGCACAGGCUCAAGGUUUGGGGAAGAGGUACAUGAAAGCCUUUUUUAAAGGUUUCUUUGUUGCUGUUCCAGUAACAGUGACUUUCCUGGACAGAGUUGCCUGUGUAGCAAGAGUGGAAGGAGCAUCAAUGCAGCCUUCUUUGAAUCCUGGGGGAAGAGAAGCAUCUGAUGUAGUACUUUUAAACCACUGGAGCAUUCGAAAUUACGAUGUACAACGUGGGGACAUUGUGUCAUUAGUGUCUCCUAGAAACCCUGAACAGAAGAUCAUUAAACGAGUGAUUGCUCUUGAAGGAGACAUUAUCAAAACCAUUGGGUACAAAAAGAAGUAUGUGAAAGUUCCACAUGGGCAUAUUUGGGUAGAAGGUGAUCACCAUGGACACAGCUUUGACAGCAAUGCUUUUGGCCCGGUUUCUCUUGGACUUCUACAUGCUCGAGCUACUCAUAUCCUCUGGCCUCCGCAGCGCUGGCAGAAAUUACAGCCAAUGCUACCUCCAGAGCGCAAACCACUUCAUAGAGAGCAAGAGUGAUCUAAGUGUUUGGUUAGAAAAUA